UCCGUCCGCCCAUGGAUUCACUUGGAGGCCACCACACGCCGGCGGCGGACCACGUCAAGGUGGAGCUCAACCGCGCCCCCUCCAUCAACCCCGUCGUCGGGCAAGAAGCACGCAGCCGGAUGACCGACGACCGGCAGACUCGCCCAGAGCGAGUGCGCCGUCUCAUUCGGAGGCUCCGCCCGGCGCCCGUCGGGAGCGCGUUCAAGCGGUGGCUAAAGCACCCUGCGCACCUCGCGCAGUUCGCGUGGGCGGUCUGCGUCGCGCUGUCCGGCGCCUUGCUCGGCCUCCUCCUCCUCGGAGUCUUCGACGGCGCCUUCCCGCGCAGGUCCGUCCGCAACCGAUGGGUCGAGAUCGUCAACCAGAUCCUGAACGCGCUCUUCACCCUCAUGACCAUCUACCAGCACCCCGAGCUCUUCCACCACGCCGACCUGCUGGUCCGGUGGCGGCCGGGGGACGAGAAGGAGCUCAGGAAGGCCUACUGCCGGAAGGGCUCGGGUGCCGGUGAAGCGCAGCGGGAGCGGGAGCGGCUUCACCUGUCCGUGGUGGUCGGGCUCCUCCACCUCACCUGCUUUGCGCAGUACGCCAUGUGUGGGCUCUUCUGGGGGUACUCUAGCACGGCCCGCCCGGACGCCGCCGCGACCACUCUCGGCGGGGUCAGCGCCGUGGCACCCGUUGUCGCCGGCUUGUACAUGUACCUCAGCCCGCUUGGGAGGAAAAGCGAGGAGAGCGCGCAUCAAGAAUCCGAUGAUGACGACGGCGGCAUGGCUGUGGUUGUGAUCGCUGACGCCGCACCAAGGGAGUGGGCCGGCGGGCUGCUCGACGUGCGCGACGACCCGGAGGCGUGCUGGCUCUCGUGCCUCUGCACCUUCUGCGUAUUCGGGUGGAACAUGGAGCGCCUGGGCUUCGGCAACAUGCACGUGCACGGCGCCAUGUUCGCGCUCCUCUGCUUCGCGCCGCUGUGGGUGCUCAACCAUGCCGCCAUGAACAUCCGGAACAAGGCCGUCAGCAACAUGGUCGGCGCCGCCGGGGUGGUGCUCUGCGCGCUCGGCCUGCUCUACGGCGGGUUCUGGCGGGCGCAAAUGCGGCGCAAGUUCGGGCUCGCCGGCGGCAAGGACGGGCCGUGCUUCUCCUCACUGUCGCUCGACGUCGCCGACUAUCUGCGGUGGAUGUUCUGUUGGGGGUGCGCGCUCGCGCAGGAGGUGCGCACCGGCAACCUUCUCCUCGACGUCGAGUCGACGGGAGGCAUCAACCCGCGAGGCUCCAGCCGUGUGCAAGUUGAUAGCAGCCAACGGCCUUUGCCAAGAGAGGAAGGCAGCUUUGAGAUGGCAGCGGCAGUCGCUGGCGCUCCCUCUGUUCCGCUGGCCAUUAACUCGCCGCUUCGAGGCGAGGAGCUGCCAUUGGUGCAGCUGAAGCUGGACGGUAUUUCGUCUUCUGGAGAAAUGAGGCCACCCGUGCCGCCAUUGAUGCAGGACGGAGGAGGUCCGCGAAUUCAGUAACAGAUAGUACCGUACAGUCGUUAUCAUAUACUCCCUCUAUAAAAAAAAUGUUAGGUUACUAAAAUAGCAAUCUAAACGUUUUUAUAUUUCGGUUACAAAGGAAGUAAUAGAUAG